AUGAAGAACUUGUUGGUGUUAGCGUUGGCCUCGGUGGCCGUGGCCAUCAAAAACCGUGACGUGCUCCAAUUCAACAACUUUGGCUUCGACGGCGACUACACCCCCGUGCUGCAACUUAACAACCCCGACCUGGACCAAUGCUCGUGCCAGGUGGGCGACCCUGUCAAGUUCUCGGGUGCCAACUCUCCCUUGGACGGUGAGGUUGCCGUCCAAUUCCAGGGCCCCCUCAAGUUGUUGAGCUUCUACGCCUACUCGUCUGAGGACUACAAGCUCAACAGCGGCGACAGCCAGUGGACCACCAUCGGUAAGUGGGACGGCAACACUGCCGAAAACAUCACCUUCUUGACCCCUCAGGGUCAGGACUCCAAGUGCUUGGGUAAGGCGUUGGUGUACGCCGGUUCGGACGGCGGUGCCUCCGACCAGCCCGAAACCUUACUGACCAACACUGAGCUCACUCUGGACCAACAGAUCAUCAUCUACUCCAACGACACCUGCGGCGACCUGGGGGUCAACGGCGACUGCGGUGUCUACCGUGACGGCAUCCCCGCCUACCACGGGUUCAGCGGUAAGGCCAAGCUCUUCGUGUUCAAGUGGCAACGUCUCGGUAACGCCGACAACUUGGACAAGACCGCCAUCCGCGUGUUGAACGCCCAGAUCCCCCGGACCCUGAACAACUACCGCGACAAGGACAACGCCGACUGCCUGUGCUGGCGCCUGGGCUGCGGUGAGUUCGCCGUGUUCGAACCCAUGCACAAGGACUACCGCCGCCGCUUCCGCCCCACGUUGUACGACCGCCAGCACACCGACGACAUCGACGGCGGCAACACCAUUGACGGCUACACCAACAUCGGCGACGGUGACGUCUCCGGGGCGAUUCUCUUCGCCGCUGACGGUACCGUGGUGGUGUUUUCCAACGGCAACCUGGACCAGCUCGUCACCAACGACGACAUGACCUCGGCCAAGGUCAACGCCGCCGCCGACGACAUCAAGAAGAAGCGGGUGAAGGACUUGAACAAGAAGUCGGGCAAGGGCAACAAGGACCGCAAGGGUGCCGCCGCUGGCCUCACUGUCCCCAGAGUGACGUUGGCCGUCGCCGUUGCCGCGAUGUUGGCUUGCGUGGUGUAA